AUGGAAAAUACGCGUCGAAAGGAGCCUCCGUUAUGGCUUAACACCGCUGUGCACGUCUGGAUUACAAAAAAUGAUAUUCCAGUCGUGAACCUUCGCGACGUUUCUGAAAAGUUGCGUCUACCUCGCUCUGCUCUUCGCGCGGACGAGACAGCACCAACCUCUGAUGAGGAGAUGUUCCAGGCUGAAAGCGCUAGUAGCAAUGAUGAAAAGCCACCGGAGCAGAAGAAACAAGACCCUUUCAAUGCGAUUCUUGCUCUUAUGAAGCGUUGCUCUGAGAAGCAAGGUACACCACAAACGCAGCGUCCUGCAGUUACCAGUAUUCCUCUUGCCAGUGGAACCAACACGGCGAAGGAGCCUGAACCCAAAGCUCCAUCGUUUCCCGAACCAAAACCAGCAAAAGCGAUGGAUGUUGAAUUUGUUCAGGGUGUUAACUUACCAGGAGAGAAAAACACGACUGCGCCUAUUCAAGUACAGCCUGAAGUUGUAAAGAGUGUUGCGCUGUUUCACGAUCCCGUGUGGGGAGAAGCUGAAUCUUCCUACAAUGUGGGCAGCCUCGCGCCGAAGGAGGAGGAAAAACAUGACAUUCUCGCUAGCUUAAAAUUUGGAACUUUUACGGAUGGUGCGAAGGAACGUGAGUCCUCUUCGACUGAAGUUCCAGCGUCUACGGCUGCUCCACCACCAUUUACGGCAUCUACUCCGAUGAGUGAAAUGAUGUAUCAACCCCCUCCGCAUCCUGCUGCCGUGGCGUCAUCCUCACCACAAAUAGCUUAUCCACAGGGUGUUGGUCUGGGCGCUUCUGGAUGGGCGACAGCUCCCCCUCCCGGACAUGGGAUGGCAGUGCAUCCAUUGCAGUUUGUUGGUGUACCCUUACCAUUUAUUCCCUCGGCUACAGUGAUGGCUAUGCCACAGCCAUACAGUAUGCCGUAUCAGGUGUAUCAGAUGCAUCCGCCAGCCCCCCCGCUUGCUUCAGUACCGCGCCAACCUGCGGCGUAUCAAGUCCCCCCGACCUCAGGUGCCUUUCAGCUAGCAGCGCAAAAGCUUGUAAAUCAACAGAGUGCGGAGCCCCGACCAGGGACUAAUGUUGGAGCUACCCCUUUUGUUCCCGGGGCAAAAGGUUCCUGA